AUGAAAGCUGCCACCCUUCUCAUCCUCGCCUCCCUGGCCACAAUCGCCGCCACCGAAUUCAUUGAGAUCGGGUGGAAAACCUGCAAAGCCGAUGGCACCGUCACCAUGGUAAAGGCGGACGGAUGUAAUCUCCAGAUCAAGGAUGGCAAAAAAGUCUGUUUCUUCAAGAAAGGAAGCCGUCCGGAAAUCCAGAUUGCAUUCAAACCCUCCAAGGAUUCUGAGAAGCUCAAAACGUCAGUCCGCGCCAAGGUUGGAGGAAGUGCAAUGGUCGAUUUCCCACAAACCAACACGGACGCCUGUACCUACGGAGUAUCCUGUCCAGUCAUUGCAUCCAAGGACCAACUCUUCCAACAGUCGAUUGCAAUUACCGACAAUCAUCCAGCUGGUGACGUCAUCCAAGUCAAUUGGCAGCUCACCCGCCCGGACUCUGGAAAGGAGGUCUGUAUCAUUUUCUUGGCACAGAUCGAGGACUAA